CAGCUACACUCGCUCUGACACUCCCAUUCUGAAUUACGAAAGCAAAGCAUUGCGAGAUUUUGGGAAGGAAAGUAGUUAAUAAGCCACGCUUCAGUCACCAAAUAUCUAAAUCUUGAUAUCUCUCGUCAGCAGCUCACUAAGACUGUAGGACAUUAGUGUGAAGUGUUUUAGUUCGUCCGACGUCCAAGUUGACUUUUUAUCUCAAUACGAACAGUGAAGAGAGAGUCUUAUAAACAGCUCAUUAAACUCCACUAUGCCACAAUUGAUAGGAGUGAAAUCGCUAUCCCAAACAUGCCUUGAUUUUGUUGUAAACAACAUGGCUCUGUUGUGUAAGGAACCAACCAGUGAUUUUGCUAACAGCAGUCAAUCUAUCAACAGUCCUUUUGAUCAGUUGCCUAACAAGUUAUUGGAGGAAAUCAUCAGUUCUCUUAGAAACAAAGGAGGUUUGAAACAAUUUCUCGGUAUACUGGCUGUUCCACAUUUAGAGACCUUGAAUCUCAGUGAUUUAAAAAGUGAAGAUGAUCAAUCCAUUGAGCUUGAUAAUUCAAUGAGAUGUGUGAACUUGAAACAUCUAGCUAUGUGGGCAGUUACUAAUAAUGAUGAAUUCUUUACUUCUUUCAUUCCUAAGCUUUCAAAAUUACAAGUACUGGACAUUUCAUGUUCAGAUGCAGAUGACAGCAGCUUGGAAGUAAUAGGAACUUAUUGCAAAGAUUUGAGAGUACUGGAUUUUAAUACAUGCCAGAAUAUCACAGAUAUUGGAGUUAAAGGAUUGUGUGACGGUGCAACGCGUAAUCUAGGAAGUGGAGGUGAUGGACUGGGGCUGCCCAAAUCUCUUCUUAAGUUGGGUUCGAUCUUUACAUCAAUUACCCACGUAGGAAUGCAAUUGAUCUUAGAAAACUUUCAUAGUCUUCAAGUCUGGGAUAUGGCUACUGUUCAAAACUUGACGGAGAUUCACAAAGAGGUUUUCUUGAACCAAAAGUUAGAGAUUCCAAAAUAUUCUCUGAUAUGUUUAGAAAUCGAUCCUUACGCUUCCUACAUCCCUAAAUCUCUGGGAUUUGUUGUGUCGCUGUGCCCGUCUGUGAUCCGGGUGGAAAUCGAAAUCGAUGGCUACGAAGGACUGACAGACAGUGAUUUGCUUGAUUUGUUGUCUCUUAAAAAUCUCCGUAAUUUUAAAAUGAGUGGUGGAGAAUACCCUUCUAAUGGUAACGUCACGUUUGGUGGCGGUGUGACUCCAAUUUUAAAAGCCUUUGGAAAUUCAUCACUGAAGGCACUUUCCCUAUCCAGGUUGAGUGAUGUCAAUAUUCUGGUAAUCACACAGCUUUGCCCAAACCUUCACUCCCUUGACCUUAUCGAUAAUUUGAGCUAUUUCACCGCCAAACUUGUUAAAGAAUGGGUUAAGACUGAACGGACUGAACCUGAAGUAUUAAAGCAACUGGAAAGGUUGAGACUUUUAGGUAGUGGUAUACCGCGCGAACAUUUAAUCUUGCUGUUGUCUUCGCCUUUAUUAGUGAAAAUAACGAUUGUAAGAUGUUCUACGUUCGACGACGACAUCCUCCAAAAAGUCGCUAGAAUUCAAACAUUUUCCAACCUUGAAGAGUUACGCAUUGUUAGUUGCCAGACCGUGACCGAGAAAGGAAUUGAUGUUUUCAUGAAUGCUCAAAACCCUCUUAUAAAGAUCGUGUUAUAUUUGUGUCGUCAAAUAUCGAAGAGUAAUGCAGAGUGUUGGGAAAGGCAAGCUAAAAAAAACAAUUGGCAAUUAUUGAUCGUUUAUCAUUAGUAAAAUUUAUCUUGGUGUUGAAGACGACUUAUACGUCGAGAACGCGAAGGAGAUUCCGGAGAUAUAUUUGUGUUGGUGAUGAAUGUCGGAAUCGAUCAGAAUCUGAGAAAAGAUUUAUUCUUGAUUGAGAAUAAUUUUUUAACGGUAUCAAUAGCAACUACUAUUUUGUCUUAUUUUGUUCCCUUAAAUUUCCCUCACUUAUAAUUAGUCGUGAAGCUUCGUAAAAUGUCACACUGUCCUUCAUUCUUGUCAUGUCAGUCAGUCAUUACCCACUAAUAAAGUCUGAACAUAGA